UCUUUCCCUUCAAAAUUUCCAAUUCUAACCCCAAACCUUUCUUCCAACGGUAUCACAAAACUACCACAAUCUUCCAAAUUCAUCGCCGGAAUCUUUCUCCGAUCGCAUCGGUCGUUCGGUCUACGGUCGUCGGAAAAUAACCGAUCCAAUUCUGUUUUGAAUCUUCUUCGUCGGUGAUCGGAGAUGGUGAAUUCUAUGGUUGAACGCGCCACGAGCGAUAUGCUCAUCGGUCCCGAUUGGGCUAUGAAUAUCGAGAUCUGUGACAUGCUCAAUCAUGACCCUGGGCAAGCAAAGGAUGUUGUCAAAGGUAUAAAGAAGCGGAUUGGAAGUAGAAAUUCUAAAGUUCAACUCCUUGCUCUAACCUUGCUGGAAACAAUCAUAAAGAACUGUGGAGAUAUUGUUCACAUGCAUGUUGCAGAGAGAGACGUGCUUCAUGAGAUGGUGAAAAUAGUAAAGAAAAAGCCUGAUUUUCAUGUCAAAGAGAAGAUACUGCUUCUUGUAGAUACUUGGCAAGAAGCUUUUGGGGGACCGAGGGCAAGAUAUCCACAAUACUAUGCUGCAUACCAGGAACUGCUGCGUGCCGGGGCAGUAUUCCCUCAGAGAUCUGAACAAUCUGCACCUGUAUUCACUCCUCCACAAACACAACCAUUGACUUCAUACCCACCAAACAUACGUGACGCGGAUGCUCGGCCAGACGCAGCUGAGGCCUCUGCAGAAUCUGAAUUUCCAACGCUAAGUUUGACUGAAAUACAGAAUGCACAUGGUAUUAUGGAUGUUCUUGCGGAAAUGCUGAAUGCAAUAGACCCUAACAACAAAGAAGGGCUUAGACAGGAGGUUAUUGUUGAUUUGGUGGAGCAGUGUAGAACAUACAAGCAAAGAGUGGUACACCUUGUAAAUUCAACUACGGAUGAAUCACUGCUAUGCCAGGGACUAGCUCUCAAUGAUGAUCUGCAGCGUCUACUUGCCAGACAUGAAUCUAUUUUGUCAGGAACUUCUACUCAAAAUGGAAAUCAGAUUGAGGAUUCAAAGCCUGCAUCUGCUCGGCAACUUGUAGAUAUUGAUGCUCCUUUGGUUGAUACUGGAGAUACUGGCAAACAAACUGAUGGGAGGUCCUCUUCUGGUGCUGAAGCAGGGUCCCAAACAUUGAAUCAAUUAAUGCUUCCUGCACCAGCUACAUCCAAUGGUUCAGCUGUACCUGCCAAAGCUGAUCCCAAGUGGGACCUGCUCAGUGGUGAUAACUAUGACUCACCAAAAGCAGAUACUUCACUUGCUCUUGUUCCUCUAGGAGAACAACAACCUGCCACUCCUGUAUCUAAUCAGAAUGCCCUUGUUCUUUUUGAUAUGCUUUCUAGUGGAGACAAUGCACCUACGUCUGCCAAUACCCAGCCAACCCAACAACCUAAUGUUGGUGGCCAAUCUGGUCCAUUUACUCCCCAAUAUCAACAACAGCAGCAGACAUUCACAUCUCAAGGUGGAUUUUACCCCAAUGGGAAUGUGCUAAAUGCUGGUUUACCUCAGUAUGAGCAAUCACUGCAUACACAAAGUACAGCUCCUGCCUGGAAUGGUCAGGUUGCAGAACAGCAACAGCCAGCUUCCCCUUACGGUGCGCAAAAUAGUGGAUCAUUGCCACCACCUCCCUGGGAAGCUCAACCGGCCGACAAUGGAAGUCCGGUAGCAGGUGGUCAGUAUCCACUACCACCUCAGUAUCCACAACCACCUCAAUUCAGUCAUGUACAGAGUUCCACAAAUCAUCAGGGGCCUCAAGCAAUGGGUUAUGGCCAGGCUGGUGGUAUGUAUAUGCAGCCAAAUGCUAACGGCCAUAUGUCAGCAGUCAAUAACCAGGUUGGAAGCAAUCAAUUGGGCAUGCACCCUCAGCAUAUGCAAGGUGUUGCAGGGCACUACAUGGGCAUGGCUUCACAUCAAGCACAAGGUGGUCCUGCGGCUUCCAUGUAUCCACAACAGAUGUAUGGAAACCAAUUUGCAGGUUAUGGCUACGGUCAACAACAACAGGGAGUUCCAUACAUUGAGCAGCAAAUGUAUGGCAUGUCUGUCAGAGAUGAUAGUUAUUUGCGAAACUCCAAUCAGGGUUAUACAUCUUAUGUUCCAUCGGGGAAGCCUUCCAAGCCAGAGGAUAAGUUAUUCGGGGAUCUUGUGGACAUGGCAAAAGUGAAGCCGAAAACAACUCCAGGUCGAGCUGGUAGCAUGUAAAAAUCUGUCUUGGUUUGCAUUUUAGCGGUUUGCUAACUUGUGAUGUUUUUAUUUUAUACAUAAUAGUUUUUGUUUUCAAAUUUUUUGUUUUUGCUUGUCUGGGAAUUAGCAUUGAUGUAAAUUGAUUCUAGAAACAUUGAAAAAUGGAGAACUGGGAGUGGGGGAGAAAGAGCAAGUGGUGGAAACAUUAAAAUAUGGAGGUCUUAUUUUCGUCUGCUCCUUAUCUUUUAUUGAUGUUAAUAAAUGGGAAGACAGGGGCAUUGGGUGGAAUCACUUAAAGAUUUCCUAAUAGUUAAUGCCAUGUUUGGAUGUACUAAAAUUAUAGGAAUCAAUUAUUGCUACUGCUCUAA